AUGACAUCCCUUUCCGACAUCCUCUUCCCCUCCCAAGCCGCCGACGCCGCCGGCAACCACAAUAUCAACCGCAUCCUGGGCGACCUGAAGCGCUCCAACCUGUCCAUCACAAACCGCCUCCGCUCGGUCCAACAAGAUGCAGACUUUGUAGACGAGGUGGCGGCCGCGUUCGGGGGCGGACGGCGGCCCCUUAUCGCUAACGAGAGAUGUGGUAGCUGGUACAUCCGCCCCGGGGCCAAGGGCGGGAGUGCCUAUUUCAAGAGCACCGACGGGCACACAGGCCAGUGGAGGUUCUCCACGAGGAGGCUGAAUCUGCAUCUUCUACCAAUCAUUGAGAGGUGUGAUGGGAUUAUAAUCGUCGAUUCGACCCGAAGAGGAAAGAGAAUGCCAGAUGCCCUGAGCAAGACCAUCCCAAUAUGGUGCUGCGUGCUCAACCGGGCCCUAUUCCCAGACCAGCCUGAAUUUCAUAACCUCUACGUUCCGCCCAAUGCAGUCUCGGACUCUGAAAAGAGCCAAGCGCUGGCACGGAUCCCCGAAGGCCUGGCCGCGUUCAAAGAGCUCAACCUCGACCUAGACAGCCUCUGCGCACAGAUUUCAAAACCCUUGCGCCCGACCUGGGUGACUCAGGAGACGGCCCUCGGCCACUUGCAGACCGGAGAGGACGAUGGCGAUGGCGGUGGCGAUGGCGGCGCAGAGCACAUUUUUGACGACUUUCGUCCCGUCAUCUGCUGCACCUCCUCGAGGCGCGUGGCCGGCGGCGAGAUGAGCGGACAUACAGGGUACAUCCAGGGCGCCGGUGAUGACACCGAGAACUGGGCCCACGGCCUCGAGCCUCCCGUGUUCUGGGCAAACGCAGACGAGCUCUUGUCCACGCCCGAAGCCGACCUGCCCGACCUCAUCAGGUCCCUCGUGGCGUCUGCGAAGCGACAUCCCCUGGAGGAGGAGAACACCACCACCGAGGACGGCAGCGGCGGCAUCGCCAGCAGCACUGCGGACCUCCCACCAGCCGCACGACAGCUCACACCCCAGCUACACGUCUCGCCGCUCCCCAUACCACAACGCCUCAUGGGUGACCCUACCUGGUUCACCGUCGCCCUCCUCCCAAGUCCCACGCCUGCAGAGACGUGGCCGAGGUCACCAACCCAUAUGGAGGUCGGACUAGGGAAGCACAAGGUAGCCAGCCGCAAUCUGCGCGCCGCAUUGCCAAGCAUCUGCGAUUCCGCAUUGCGAUUCCUGCAUAGCGAUGACGACAACAGCAGAAAUCCAGCCGAGGAGGAGGGCGACCAGCACGACGAGCACGACAACCCGCCACCGCUGAGGCGGAGGAGGAUUCUCGUCGCCUGCGAUACGGGCGGGAGGGACCUUUCGGUCGGCGUCGCGCUCGCGCUGCUGUGCUGGUGCUUCGAGGACGAUAGCAGUGGCGCAGCAGCAGCAGCAGCAGGAGGAGGAGGAGGAGGAGGGGGGACGGUAUCCUUCAACAAGAGCCUCAUCAAGAUCAGGCUGGGCCGGAUCAUGACCACCAUGCCUGAUGCGAACCCGAACCGCGCGACGCUGCAGAGCGUAAAUAGUUUCCUCAUGGACUGGCGGAAAUGA